UUAGCUAGAAACUUUUCAUACAGCCAUUUACAAGAAAACCGCCGUUCUUGUGUAUCCGAGCUAGCAGGAGCAGAAACAAUGCCAAAGAAAAGCAGAAAAAAGUCUAAGGGGCAAGCUGAGAAGAAGGCUCAAGCUGCAGCCACCACGUCAAAGGCAGGAGGUGGACUUGGAGCACAGCAAAAAGCACCGGGCGCAGCAACAGGUUCUAGCCAGUCCAAACCAGCACCAGCCCCUGGUGCAGCACAGACAGCCGCCAUGAAACCUACUGAAACGAAGGGAACGCAGGCUGCAAAAACAGAUCCUGCCAAGACUGUGGCAGCAAAGCAGCCAACAGCUUCCUCUGCCAGUGCACCAGCUGCUGUAAAGCCAAAAGAAACCACGAAAAAAGACAAGGAUGUGACAGGCGCUGUAUCAGCCAGCUUAAAAAGCUCUCCAAAGCCUCCUGCUGACAAGAAAGCCAAGGUUGAGGAGAGUUCAGGGAUGUCCUUGGAUGCUUUGGAUGCUCUUGGAGACACGCUUGGUGUUGCAGAAGUGGAACCACAAGCCCCCAAACCUCUUCCUAAAGAUAUCAUUCAGGAAAACUUAACUUCUGAGAAAUAUAAGGGGAGAGUUGGGGAGAGAGAAGACUCGCUUCCACCUAACUAUAGAUUUGGUGGUACUAAUAAAGACACACCCAUACCCAAAGCAAAGGAGGAAGACAAGACUCCAAUGGAUGACAUGGCUGCUCUUGAUGCUCUAGCAGGAGAUUUUGUCUCCUCUGCCACCAUUCCCAGUGUGCACUCAGCAUCGGCCCCUUCUGCAGCAACACAAAAGCCACAGCAGAAAAAAGACAAGGAUGUGACAGGCGCUGUAUCAGCCAGCUUAAAAAGUUCUCCAAAGCCUCCUGCUGACAGGAAAGCCAAGGUUGAGGAGAGUUCAGGGAUGUCCUUGGAUGCUUUGGAUGCUCUUGGAGACACGCUUGGUGUUGCAGAAGUGGAACCACAAGCCCCCAAACUUCUUCCUAAAGAUAUCAUUCAGGAAAACUUAACUUCUGAGAAAUAUAAGGGGAGAGUUGGAGAGAGAGAAGACUCGCUUCCACCUAACUAUAGAUUUGGUGGUACUAAUAAAGACACACCCAUACCCAAAGCAAAGGAGGAACACAAGACCCCAAUGGAUGACAUGGCUGCUCUUGAUGCUCUAGCAGGAGAUUUUGUCUCUUCUGCCACCAGUCCCAGUGUGCACUCUGCACCGACCCCUUCUGCAGCAACACCAAAGACACAGCAGGGAACGCAGGCUACAAAACCAGAUCCUGCCAAGACUGUGGCAGCAAAGCAGCAAACAGUUUCCUCUGCCAGUGCACCAGCUGCUGUAAAGCCAAAAGAAACCGCGAGUUCAGGGAUGUCCUUGGAUGCUUUGGAUGCUCUUGGAGACACGCUUGGUGUUGCAGAAGUGGAACCACAAGCCCCCAAACUUCUUCCUAAAGAUAUCAUUCAGGAAAACUUAACUUCUGAGAAAUAUAAGGGGAGAGUUGGGGAGAGAGAAGACUCGCUUCCACCUAACUAUAGAUUUGGUGGUACUAAUAAAGACACACCCAUACCCAAAGCAAAGGAGGAAGACAAGACCCCAAUGGAUGACAUGGCUGCUCUUGAUGCUCUAGCAGGAGAUUUUGUCUCCUCUGCCACCAGUCCCAAUGUGCACUCUGCACCGACCCCUUCUGCAGCAACACCAAAGCCACAGCAGACACCAAUGGACAAUACCUCAGCUCUGGAUGCCCUGGCAGGAGAUUUUGUCUGCCCGGACGUCAGCCCCAAAGUACACUCUGUAGCCGCACCCACAUCUCAACCCUGCGCUGCAGCAAAGCCACAGAAUGCUUCACGGCAGGAGUCCAGAGGCACCACUGCUGCGCUGGAUGCCCUUUCAGACACCUUGCUGCCAGACGAGCUCCAACCCGCACCCAAACCAGUUCCUGUGUCUGCUGUUGUCAAGGAAGCCUUGGUUACCAAGGAAACACUCGAGAGACUGGGAGACCGGGAUGAUACUCUGCCACCAGAAUACAGAUUCCUGGUUGACAAGGACAAAGAUAAGAAUGGAGUUAAACCAAAAGAGACGCCAAAGGAAACAAUGGGAGACAGUGCAGCAUUAGACGCUCUGGCAGGAGAUUUUGACUCCCCUGCAGUCGCCCCUACAGUCCAGUGCACAGCUGCCCCCACUGUCCAGUCCAGUACAGCCAGGUCUCAGCCAGUCUCGCGGCAGGAGUCCAGAGGCACCACUGCUGCACUGGAUGCCCUUUCAGACACCUUGCUGCCAGACGAGCUCCCACCAGCACCCAAACCAAUCCCUGCGUCUGCUGUUGUCAAGGACAAAACGACUGAUAAACGCCAACCAAAGCUGGGAGAGGAUGAGAACACAAUCCCUGACAAAUACAGAUUUAAAGAUGAAAAGGGAAAGGGAGGGAAAGAUGCAAGCAAGCAAGUGGUAAAACCUAAAGAUCCAGCACAGAUUGAUAAAGAAAAAGGAGAUGCCCUUGAUGCCUUAUCUAUGGGAUUUACAUCAGACUCUCUGCCUCAGAGAAAGACUGAAGACAAGAAAGAGGUCCCCAGCUCUACUCCAGCAGCAGCAAAACCUAAGACACAGAGCACAGACCCAAGUCAGCCCUCCAAGGUGCACAAUUAAAGGCUUGCUUAUCCUCUCUUUGGUACUGCAGCUUGGAACCCCAGUCCCAAACGGCUGAUAGUGUUUUUUCGUUUUGUUUUUUUUCCCCAAACUCUCUGUAUAUUUUGGCUUUCCUGCAGGUUUAAGCAGACUGUUUCUCUACCUAUGUUGCUAUGUAUCGAUGUAUAAGUAGUUUUGUCAUAUUGUUUCUGUUGUAUGCAGUGGCUUGCAAAAGUAUUGACCCCCCUUGGCAUUUUUCCUAUUUUGUUGCCUUACAACCUGGAAUUAAAAUU